AUGGAGUUCCUCCAAAUUCUCUUCCUGGUGCUGAGUGGCAUGGCCUUCCUUGCCGGGGUGCCACUGAACGGCUACAUCCUCUUUUUAGCUGGCUGCCAUGUGGAGAAGACGGCCAGUGCCUUGUGGUUCUGGAGCCGGGCCGUGGCCGAUUUCAUCUUCAUCAUCUUCCUGCCCCUCAGAUUCACCUCCAUCUUCAUCCUGGACUUAAGCUGGGCAAAGACGCUGAGCAGCGCCGUCACCUCCUUCCACAUGUUCUCCAGCGCCUUCUUCCUCACCACCCUCAGUGUCGAUCGCUGCAUCCUUGUGGCAUGCCCUGAGUGGACCUGGAACCAUCGCAUGCCCCUGCUGGCUUUCGGGAUGUUUCUGGGCAUGUGGGCCCUGUCUGCUGGUUUCAGCUCACGGUACGGUGAUCUCUGGGAAUACCUCCUCUCACCUGCCAGCACCAGCAUGAAUUUUCAUCCAGAUGAAGGCAGGGUGAAGGCCGCCAUUAUGAUCCAGUUCCUGGUUGGGUUUCUGAUCCCACUAGCCUUGAUAUUAAUCCCAACCUGCUACAUCGUUCUAGCUGCCAAGCUGAGAAGGAACAGGCUGAUCCAGUCCACCAAGCCACUCAAGAUCCUUCUUGGUUUGAUCCCGACCUUUUUCCUCUGCUGGCUGCCAUAUCACGUCUUGUUCUUCUUGCAGAUUUCAGCUACGUACCCUCAGCCUCUUCUGAACUUAGGAAGCACUUUUGCUUGUGUCCUGACAUAUUUCAGCAGCUGUCUCAACCCCAUAUUCUACCUCACCAUGGAGGAAGAGUUUCUGAGGUACCGGGAAUUUGCAUGUAACCCCCAAACCAUGGACAACUCAGGGUCAGAGCUGGCUGAAUAG